GUCGUGACACUGCUGUCAAAAACACUCAAAAAUUAGAUUUUUCUAAAUGCUCUAAAAACCUAUGAUCUCUGUUUACUAAUUGUUGACAAACGAAUUCGAACUAAAAGAUGCUUAAAUUCAGUGGGAGUGUAAUUUGGAGGUUAGGAACUCGAGCGACCCUGAGGCAGUAUUCCAGUGCCGGGGCCACUGUUGUGAAAACUGACAAGCUUGAUGUAGAUGGAAGUUUAUCUAAUAAAAAUGCCCAGAGCGCAGAUCAUGAUAAGGACACUAAGUCAGGUUUAGUAGCAGCUGCAUUCGCUACACUCAAUACUCCAGAAACAGAUGAGCCAAAGCGGCCCAGCCCUAAAUCCGUGAAACAGAGUCGCACACAGCAGAUGGAUAUACAGAUUGUGAAGGCUACGGAUAUUAACGGUUUAUUGGCUGUGGCGGAACACCCUGUGGUCUCUAGGAGGCAUGCUUUGAAGAUGGUAUCAAUCCUCUCUGACUGGUCAAGCAGCAACAAAGUGAAGAUCACAGAUUUCGAGAAAGACCCUCGCUUCCUAAAGCUCUGUCGGAUCCUGGCUCGUACCAGCACUACUCAGGCUAUGAGCUCACUCACAAUGGCUGAAGACUUAAGCACCGUGUUGGGCAUUACGGGGGACGAUGAGGCGGCUAGACUGAUUUCUAACCUCACGCUACCGCAGAUGGUUAAGGUAAUGCGAGCCCUCCAUCAAAAAGGCCGUCGCAGCACUCCCCUGCUCCGAGCGCUGUCAUACAACAUAACGCGCCAGGCCGACACCAUAGACCUCAAGAAAUCUGCUGACUUACUCUACUCUAUGGCCACACUCAACUUCCCCGAUCCAUUAUUGAUGGAUAGAAUAUGCAAAGAUGUAAUCGAGUGCCUACCGUCCAACAAGGACAAACCAGCAGUUGUUAACUCGAUCAUAGUGUCCCUGGGCCUCCUAAAAUACCGCCACGAGCCAGCCCUCACAGCUAUCACAGAUUGGAUACAAACACACAUGCAAGGGUGUCGCGCGGGCGAUAUAGCGUCCGCUGUUAUUACGUUAGCUACAGUGGAUUUCACUCCACCAAACAGCGAAAAGCUGUUCAAAGCAGCACAGUCCCUUAAAGAAGAGGAAAUGGCCAAGUCCUCAGCUUGGUUGGAUCUCGUGUUCGCUUUGCUCACACUCGACAAGGCGCAGCCGCACCAACUUCUCUCGACCAUUCAGCCAGAAUUCAUCGACAAAUUGCUGUCACUAGGCGAAAUCCUGAUCCCCUCCCGUCGCAAACUAAUGGCCAUCGACGCCUACCUCCACCUCACGGCCCCCUCCUCCCCUCGCCUCCCCUCCGACAUUUCCGUGGGGGUACCUCUAGUGUACACCAAGGAGAAGACUCUGUACGUGCACUGCAUCAUGGACACGUUCAGAGCCUCGUGUCCGCGGACGCACGCGGAGUUCGCGAUAGAUUCAAAAUGUCAUCCAGUACCACUAGAAAAAGCAGCAAAUGACAAAAGUGUGUUCAGGAUAGCAGUGCUGGGCCUGGAUUACCAUGACCUCACGAGAAAGACAGCCGUUCCGCUUGGCGUCUAUCAGCUCUACACAAGGAUGUUACAGCUUAAGGGUUUCAAAGUGCUGCAGAUUCCAUACACGGAGUUCAACCCGCGAGACAAACUCGUCACCCGAGUGCAAUACAUCGAGAAACGGCUGAAGGAGAUUAUUAGCGAUAAGUCCGCCGCGUAGACCAGUGUAGAUGUACAGUUAAGUAUCUGUUUUGUUAGUAGAUGAAUUUAUAUGGAUGAAAUGAAUCAUGUCAACUGCGCGUAGGGUAUACUGUCAAGGUAUUGAGACAGACAGCCAGACAAAAAAUGGCGCACUAUAUUAGGACAUUCGUGAGCAUUUCUUUUUUUUAUGCCACUUUUAUGAAAUUUGAAAAAACUAUGCUAUUUCUACUUAGAAUCACUAGCUUUUUCAAUCC